CACAAUAGCCGAGCGUAAUCAGUCACAACAUGUGGAAAUAUCUUAUGGUUCUUUUCAUUCUACUCAACAGUCGUAGCAUCUGUGGAAAUUUAUGCAUUACCAAGAUGAUAGUGCGUGUGCCCCGAGAGAACGACAUUGGUUUGAUCUUUGACAUGACGGUUACCAAUCGCCACAACGGUGAGAGGAAGCUAGCAUUGGAAUUGAUUGUGUCCUCGGAUGGGCCAUGUAUGGUAAACACCACUAAAGGCGAAAGGGUCCAAGUGGGUCCCAUCUAUGGUGGUAACUUUGGAAGCGUGGAGCCGGGCAAAAGGGAAACCGUGUCCCUUGUGUGGCCCACUGUGUCGCUGUACAAUCGUGUGGGCUACUGUCCUAUCACGAUCAGUGCUCUGAAUCCCUCUAUCGAGCCGGCCAGAACCAAGCAGCUGCUGCACUUUGACACACGCUUCGAAACCCUGGAUCCCGAGAAUCGUACACUGCGCAAGCGAAAGGACUUCACUCCUUGCAACAACUGGGACAAGGAAUACUUUAUGAACUGCCUGCCCGUCGUCUGUGAGGAGCGCUACUUUGGGCAGCGCAGCUUCUACAACUACACCACGGAGCAGUGCGAGCCGGUGCCAGCGUGCUCCAAACCCGGCGAGUACUAUGACUACUAUGGAAAUGAAUGUGUGGAUCCCAACAAUUUCAUAACGGAGGAAGAGCUUGAGCAGAUCAGGCAGGGACAAUUUGAUGACAAUAUUCUUGAAUUGCGACCGCCUCCUGGGUGCAAGACCGACCAGCCGAAGGCCAAGUACAAAAAACCUACUCCUAUGACAUCCCCGCCACCCAGAACCUGCCCUACCAGACGAUCUUUGGCUGAUUUCAACAAUUGUUUCCAGAGUCUGCACGAGAGAGUUUCUCCGGACAAGAAGAUCGGGAAGAAGUCAACAUCUCAGAUUUCGCUGCUACAGCAGUUGUACUACGAUUGGUACUUGCCUUUGCGAGCAGACACCUGGGGCGAAAAUAAAGCCGUUGAAUCCACCCCGCACCAUGACGGCGUCAUCUCAUCCGGAUCGCAGCCCCUUUCGGCAUGGCUCGCCGAGGUGGACUCCAGCGGAUUGCUGUUGGUGACUCUAAAAAGUAUUGGUAUUAUCUUAUUGGCUGUUGCUUUUCAGGUAGCCAUCACGAUAUUAGCGUAUCUUCUUGUGUGCAUUGUGUGCGCUUUCCUCGACAUGGUGGCAAAGAUCAAAAAUUCCGAGAAGACAACCGACCAAUUGGCAGAAAAGCUGCGGCCCAAAGAGGACGAGACUCGUGUUGAAGUCUUUACCUCUGAGAGUUUGAUGUCGUACCGUUUAUAGUAGAGCUUGUGUUUUUUUGU